AUGGCCGGAAUAAGUGCACAAGGCGGCGUCCUAGAAGUUGGAAGGCGGCGCCCACUUCCUUACAUUAUUGCUAUUCAUCUUAUUGUUCUACCAUUUGAACUGGUCUCAUACUGUUUGUCAGUAUGGAGCAUUGUUGACAAGAAUGCUAAAUAUACGACCCCUAUCUUCAUCGCGGUCAUCUCCUGGUGCUCGAUACUGCUAUUUGUAAUUUUUUUUGAAAUAAUCGACUGGAUCAGGCAUUUUGACAAGAAUGGAUCUUUGAAAUAUAAAUUUUAUCAGACAUUCCUGUAUGGAGAAAAUAAGGAUAUGCCGGACGAGGAGAAGAAAAUUUUAAUCAAUAAGUUUUGGAACUUGUCAAAGUCUACUGCUACAAAGUUCCUUCGGCGAAAAGUAACGGACUUUAAGCCCACCGAUAAGGAUGGAAAGGAAGAAGCCAUUAGUGAAGCGGCGGACACAAUGGCAGACUUUGUAAUGAAUUUAGAUCUUACCGUUACAGACACGCUGAUGGGUUUGUUCAUUCUUCGCUGGCAGACCACACAAUGGAUUGGUGGAAAAACCGAAAUAGAUCCAGAAAUUCCCUUACGAACAACAGACCCGGACACCAUGACUCUUGCAGAAAAGGUACUGGAUACAUUGUUUACAUGGUGA